GGAGGUGCGGAGGGGGCGGGGCCGCGCGGCCAUGGCGGAGCGGGCGCAGGAGGAGCUCUCGGCCUUGGCCGCGAUUUUCUGCGGGCCCGACGAGUGGGAGGUGCUGAGCCGCUCAGAGACAGAUGGGACCGUGUUCAGAAUUCGCACAAAAGCUGAAGGACUUAUGGAUGCGGAUGUACCCUUAGAAUUGGUGUUCCAUUUACCGGUCAAUUACCCUUCGUGUCUGCCUGGUAUCUCGGUUAACUCGGAACACCUGACCAGGGCCCAUUGUGUGACUGUGAAGGAGAAGUUACUUGAGCAAGCGGAGAACCUUGUGUCAGAACCUAUGGUUCACGAGCUGGUUCUCUGGAUUCAGCAGAAUCUCAGGCACAUCCUCAACCAACCAGAGACUGGAAGUGGCAGUGAGACGUGUGCUUUUGCAACAAGCACGGCUGUGGAUGAUGGAUUGUGGAUAACUCUUCUGCAUUUAGAUCACAUGAGAGCAAAGACUAAAUAUGUCAAAACUGUGGAGAAGUGGGCUUCCAAUUUAAGGCUGACAGGAAGACUGAUGUUCAUGGGUAAAAUAAUACUGAUUUUACUACAAGGAGACAGAAAUAACAUCAAGGAGUACCUGAUUCUUCAGAAAACCUCCAAAGUAGAUGUGGACUCAAGUGGAAAGAAAUGCAGAGAGAAAAUGAUUAGUGUACUGGUUGAAACAAAAGUACAGACAGAACACAAAAGGUUUCUGGCAUUUGAAGUCAAAGAGUAUUCAUCGUUGGAUGAGUUACAAAAGGAAUUUGAAACUGCAGGACUUGAGAAGCUUUUCUCUGAAUUUGUACUUGGGCUGUUUUACAAGGGGAAAAAUGUUUCAUACAAAAUGAACUUGGCUUGCUGCAUGGAGAAAAUUAUAUAGAGCAUGAGGUAUUUAUGAAAAGAUAAUUAGGACUUCUGGAAGAUAGUGGAGGUGGGGCCAAGAGUGGGACUCCUGGAAAGCUACACUGUAGGAGUAAGAGUGAACUGCAUAUAAACCAGUUGUCCUGGAUUAUAGCUAAAAUUUGAGGAUUCUGUUAAGUGUAGAAGGUCUUAAACUUUGAACUUGGAUUAAGAUAAUCCAUGAUUCUAAAGCUCUCAUAUCCUUCAAAUCUUUGGAGGGAGAUAACAUCAUCCUAGGUGUCAAAUUUUGUCUUUGAAUAAUUUUUAAAUUCAAUAUCCAGCAAACAAUCAGAGGUAACUGGACUCAUGAAGAGAUAAGAUACUAGGAGUGAGAAACAGCAGAAACAACAGACAACAGAAAUAGACCCAGGGGACUCCAGAUGCUGGAAUUAUCAGACAUAGAUCAUGAAACAGUUAUGUUUAAUAUGUUCAUAGAGGUAGAAGUCAAACUUGAAACUGGAAUUAGAAACUGUAAAAGGUGACAUGGCAUAUUUGAAAAACAACAAAACAAAAACAAAACAAAUAGGAGUUCUAGAACUGAAAAAUGCAACAAUUCAAGGGAUGGUUAAUUAGUUAAAGUCCAAUUAGGAAAUCAGAAACCAGCCUAGGUAUUUCAAACAGUAAAGUUAAAGCAGGAAUUGGUUACGAAUUAGCAAAAUCUGGAAGAGCAAAAAGGAGAUGGAAUGGGGCUGGAUGACAGAAAAGAAAAGGAGGAGAGCAUGACA